AUGCGUGUGGCCAAACAGGAGCGCAGUCUUGUUGUAGAGCGGGACGAAAAGCCACGGAAACAGAGAAAGCGAGCCCUAGUCGCAUGCAAUCGAUGCCGGAAGAGAAAAAUCAAGUGUAACGGUGAUCUAAACACUGGCCUGGCUUGCUCCAGCUGCCGCAGUGUUGGAGCUACUGAAUGCCAAUACAUCCGAGUCAACUCUUUGGCUCCCGAAGACGCUGCUAGAGAGGCAGCUAGACUCUAUGCAAACAAGGGCCAGGGAAGGUCAAUCCUCAUGGGCUCCCCUCAAAUGCGAGCCCCAUACCAGCGAGAAGAUUAUGAACUGGAUGUCCAGUCCAACUUCUCACGACAUGUCGGCAUGGACCACUCCUAUGAUGACCAGUCAGGCUACCACGGCCAGGCAUCACCAGGGUACAUGCUGUCUAACACCCAGGGAGCAAUGCUCGACUAUGGUACCGCAUGGAGCAACCGGGCCUGGGACCUCCACGGCAGACCCAACGGCGAGUUCUUCGAAGAACAAAGCACCAACAUGAACCAUGCAUACGGCUUCGUCCUUCCAGGCCAAGCCAUGUCAACUGAAAUGCCUCAUUCAACAGGAGCAAUGACAGCCUACACAGACGCUGUAGACCGCACCCUCCCAACACCCCCAACCUGUCGAAGCCAACCCCAGCAAAACAUCAGCCUCUCCACCCUCCCAGACGGCCUCUCGGGCAUGUCCCUAGCCGCUGAUUCAAAGGGCUGGAACUCACGGUACGCAACCGGACCAGACGGGCGGGCAGUGGCCAUGCCCGCCGUCUCAAGCAACGGUCUCUGCAACAACAGCCCCUCAGCCCCAGCACGCAUCAAAUCAACCGACUCGGACGAUGGAACACCAGACCUCGUCUUCGGAUAUAUCCCCAUGUCCACCACAGAAGAUCCCUCUCCACUCCCCGCAGCCACAUCCUCAUCCAUGGCCACCUCCGCUGCAAACCCACCUUACCCAGCCCUGGACACGAUAGAGAACACUCUCGUGGGCGAGUACAACACAUCGGGACGCAAUUUUUCUCGCAAUAGCAACGCGGGGCAGCGCCUGCACACGCUGACUUCUGAUUGUUCUCCUGAUGUGUAUGGAUAUGCGAGCAGUGAGCACAGAAAGUCGAGGGGCAUUGUCGAGGGUGAUGUGCGUUGCUCGGCACCGACGCUCGUUAAUGGCUUGCCCUAUACGCGUGUUCGACAUGCGGACUCGGCGGUUGGGCUGCCGUAUGGUUUAUUGGCUGAUGGCUUGUCGGAUUAUGGGCGGUCGGUUGAUCUUCAUCGGUCUGCUAUUUCACCGUUGGGUCAUCAGGGGGCGUAUUGA